GUAUUAAUUUAUUCAUGCAGUAUACCAUCAGACGGGAGCUUGUCAGCUAUAUAUACACAACAUCAUUGCACAUUGGAGCACCUCCUAUUUCUACUCAUCCUUUUUUUGAAGACAUUGGAGCUUGUUUAGUUCUAGUUUUAUUUGUGGCAAAAUAAGUACCAGAGAAAUGGAGCUGCAGGAAGGAAGGAAAGGGAUACCAUCUCUGCUGUCCUCGCAGGGGGAGUGUAUUGCAUCUAACAUCACACAGCUCAUUGGUUGGACACCACUGAUAGAACUGAAAAAUAUUGCGGACAAAGAUGGCAUAGGUGCUCGGCUGAUCGGGAAAAUUGAGCCAUACCAGCCCCUUUCCUCUGUUAAGGAUCGGAGUGCUCUCAGAUUGAUAGAAGAUGCAGAGGAGAAAGGCUUGAUCACACCUGGCAUCACAACACUGCUGGGGGUUACGAGCGGUAAUCUUGGGAUCGGCGUGGCAUUCAUUGCAGCUCAGAAAGGAUACAAGUUCAUUGCGGUCAUGCCUGCCAAGCUCUCACUUGAUAAGCAGAUACUGCUGCGAUACAUUGGUGCUGAAGUGGUAUUAGUUGAUCCUGCACAACAUGGAUUCAAAGCGUUGCUUGAUACGGUAGAACAGCUGAGGACGGAUGUGGAAAAUGCGUUUGUUCUAGAUCAAUUCACCAACUCUGCAAAUCCUGAUGCGCACUUCAGAUGGACUGGGCCUGAGAUAUGGAAAGAUACAGCAGGCAAAGUGGACAUAUUUAUAGCUGCAUCUGGUUCAGGAGGCACCAUCACAGGAGCCGGGAGGUAUCUCAAGAUGAAGAGCCCGUCCAUAAAAUUAAUCUGCGUUGAACCAGCUGAAAGUCCAGUAAUUUCAGGUGGCGAGCCAGCGUUUCACAACAUCCUAGGAAUAGGGCCAGGUUUUGUCCCAGAAAUAUUGGACAGGUCCCAAAUAGAUGAAAUUGUAACAGUAACUACCCAAGAAGCUAUGGACAUGGCUAGAAGGUUGGCCAGGGAAGAAGGAUUGCUUGUCGGCAUAUCUUCAGGGGCAAAUGCAGCUGCCUGCUUAAAGGUUGCAUCAAGAGAGGAGAACAAGGGCAAGAUGAUUGUGACAAUGUUUUCAAGUGGUGCAGAGAGGUAUCUGAACACAGAGCUCUUUGCACAUGUGAGGGAAGAGUGUGUCAACGUCAACAUGACAUUCUGAUGUUCAGCUCGAGGAUCCAGAAGUUUAGUGUUAUCUUACUCUAGCUUAUAAUGACUGGAUGUUCCAGUUACUCAGCUACCCAGCCUUGUUUUAUUAAGCGACAGAACAAACUGCACUAGCA